AAAGCUCGACGACCUUGGCUCGGAUGUGCGCGGAUGCGAGAGAGCGAGCCAGCGCGCGCACGCGCCUCAUUCACGCUCUUAAAGGCGCACGCGCACACGCCUCCCUCCAUUCAUGAGAAAGAAAACGGAGCAGUAUGUACACAUUGCUGUAUGUAUAGCUUAGCUAUAUACGGAGAAACACCGAGCUGCUGUUGGCUGUAAAAAGCUCGUAUACCCGCGGAGGUGCCCGUGCGCGCGCACUCGCUCGCUCCCUUUUAACCGUAGGAAAGCAAAGCGCGAGCGGACAGGAAGUCAGCGCGCGGAUCACGACGCGGCGGCAUCAGCUCUCCCACACAUACACACGGCCCUUCUUUCCGUAGGCACGAGGCCGCGCGACCGGAUGCGCGAGGAGAGAGGCGCAGGUCGGAGAGUGCACGCGCCCGGUGAUGCUCUGACUGAAUGAAGCUGCGCGAUACUCAGAAACAGAGCUGACAGGAUGACGGCAGCGCUCUGCCGGGGCGUUGGCAUGGCCCAGGGAUGAAUGGCGACGGGGUGCCCAGCAGCCCGGAGCUCUCCUCCUCGUGCCCGCCGCCUGACUGGAAGGAGUUCUGCGAGCUGCAUGCCCGCACCUCUGCCGCUGACUUUGCUCACAAGUUCCUCCGCUUCGUCAGUGAGAACCCAUGCUACGACUCACCAGGUGCUGACACCAGCUUCUCGCAGCACUUUGCUCGCCACUUCCUGGACUGCUUUGCGGCCACUCUCAGCCAGGCACGAGAGCCAGGCUCACCCGGCUCUGCUCCUAAGUAUAGCAUCGUGCCCUUUGCUGGCCUCCGGGGUUGCCCGCCACCCUACGGCCACGACCUCUAUCAGCGGCGCAAGGACGCAGGUGCCUCCAGCGAGUCUCUGGACAGCAUGGACAGCUUGGGAGGGGCUGGUGGAAGCUCCACCCCCCAUAAGGUGGCGGCUCUCGGCCAGUCACGCAGCUCAGAGGAUGUGUCCCUGGGCCACCACCACCCCAAAGCUCGCUUUAAGAAGGGCUUCUCUUUGCGGAACAUGAGUCUGUGCGUCAUGGACGGGGUCAGGGAGAUUUGGCAUCGCCGGGCGUCCCCGGAAGGGGACAGGAAAGCUAACGGUGGGGAAGCUAGUGGACCAGACCGCUGGAGCCAAAAACUGAGGUUGCCACGGGGCUCGCAAAGCCAUCGAGGGGCCGAAAUGCUGGAGAUCCAGAGGGAGGGGGCGCUGCGCUACAUGGUGGCUGACGACACUAACUGCGUAGGAACGGCACAGUGGCAAAAGUGUCGGCUGCUGCUCAGGAAGACGGGAGCCAGCUCGGAUGGUGGCGAGAAGUUCCUGCUUGAGUUCUACGUGCCGCCAAAGUCCUCCAAGCCAAAGGUGAGCGUGCCUCUGUCGGCCAUCGUGGAGGUGAGGACCACAAUGCCUCUGGAGAUGCCGGAUAAAGACAACACCUUUGUGCUGAAGGUGGAAAACGGUGGCGAGUACAUCUUGGAGACCAUCGACUCCUUGCAGAAGAACUCCUGGGUCGCCGACAUCCAGGACUGCAUAGACCCUGGGGACAGUGGUGACGACAUAGAGCUUGCAUCAUGUCCACACGGCCAACCUUCCAAAGAAUUCUCCAUGGUGGCCUCGUGCAGUUGCGAGCUCCUGUCUGAAGGUAUACAUCGGGCUCCAGAGAGAUCAUGUGCCACCGCUACCGAUCAUUACAGCGCCCCAACUGUCCGCUGCAGGGAAUUACCAUUUACACAGCACCCAUCUCAUGUGCCCUUAGAACGAUUCCUCCAGUCACCAGAAGCUCAGAGUGCUAGCUCACCAUCAGGCAAUCUGGGUGAGCCUACCGGGGAGACGGAUGGUGACGGCAGCCUGGUGGGUUAUCCAUGGUUCCACGGCACGUUGUCACGUGUGCGGGCGGCUCAGCUGGUGCUGGCAGGUGGAGCUCGCAGCCAUGGCCUGUUCGUGAUUCGCCAGAGCGAGACGCGACCCGGAGAAUACGUCUUAACCUUUAACUUUCAGGGCAAAGCCAAGCACCUGCGCCUGUCUGUGAAUGAGAACGGCCAGUGUCACGUGCAUCACCUAUGGUUCCAGACAGUGUGUGACAUGCUGAGACAUUUCCAUGCCCAUCCCAUCCCACUGGAGUCAGGUGGCUCUGCUGACAUCACGCUACGCUCGUACGUCCAGGUGCAGCGCAGCCCCACAGAUGUUCCCCACAUUCCUGCUCCUCUACGCGAGCCACCCAGCUGCCGGACAGAAGUGGCCCAGCCGAACCACCACCAUCUCCCCGGCAUCCCGCAGUCUCCGGCGGCCCCCUCGUCUGACGGCCCGCUUUCCUCAAGCUCCUCUUCGUCUCCCACAGCCCAGCCAACAGGAGGCAUAGGCCUCCACAGCCGGAGCAACAGUGCCGAGAGGCUGCUGGAGCCCCCUGCUGCUGGAGCAGAGGAGUACCACGAUGGAGACGGCACACGGAGGACCAGAGCAGUGGAGAACCAGUACUCUUUUUACUGAAAGUCCAGCCAACCCAAUAUAGGCUGUCAUCCUUGUGGAAUGGCUCUUCACCUUGGUCCUGGAGGUCCCCCUUUCCUUUCAUGUUUUGUUGAUUUCCUUCCUAACUCCACCCACCAGCUAUUCAGGUCACUAUAGGAAAUAAUGCAUUCUGAAAUCUCACAACCACUCAAAAUGCAUAGGUUUAUCACCAUGAUACAAGUACACCAAAAACACUACCAGGGAUACCAUUGGAACCACAGAGCAAUAACCUAGUAGAACACGUAUUUAGAAACCAAAAAAAUACCAUGCUAACAAUGUUUCAGUUAGCACCACAUGAACCAAACCAGCUUAGCAAAACUUUUGCAGAUCCCAAAAAAUAUCCUUAAAAUGACAUCAUAUGUACCAACUAGCAACACUCUUGUGUCCACCUAGAUAGAAUAUCAAAGAAACCAGCAAGCAACACCCCUGGAACCACCUGGAAUAUCCUAACAACAGUCUGGCAACACCCUUGCAACAAAACAGGAUACUUCCUGAACCAACCCACAUGCAUGUGACUCAAAAAUGCAAUAACAUUCUAAAGCAACCAUCUAAAAUGUAAAAGAAAACAAUCAAGCAACACCCUAGCUGUAAACCAGCAUAUCUUUGAAACCACCCAUAUAACUAUAUAUCUACCAAACACUGAAUAAUAACUUCUUACCUACUGUCCAGCAUGUAGCCUUGCACAUUCGUAAACACUUAUCAACCUAUUAACUCUCCAGAAUCGCAUAUAAAUCAAUUGAUAACAACACCCUUGCAAGCACCUUGAAUACCAUCACAACAAUCUAGCAACAACUUGAUGAUACCAGUGAAUGCUGAGAAUUUCCUCCAGAAGUGCACUUUUCUAAUUAUUAUUAUUAUUUUUAAAUACUCAGUACACACUUGUAAAUACAGUUAUGCCACAGUGGAAUAUAGACAGUUUUAUAUAUUUGAAAUCCAGUGAAUUUUCAAUUUUAAAAUAUGUAAGCACAUACUUUAUUAAACAUUGAUAUAACCCUUUAUCAUGUUUAAAAAAAAACAUCUGAAGGCAUUACCUUUUUUUGUUCUUUUUUUAGUUUUAUCCCUCUAGCUAAAUUACAAGUUAAAGUGGGUGUGCUGGAGCAUAGGUACUCCAGGACCAGGGCUGCUGACCUUUGCCCUAAAGGGAGGACAUUAUCUAAUUUUCUGAUGAGGACACAUGGAUGACAGGCUUCUUCAGGAAAGGAUCUUAUAUUUCUGCCUGUUAUGUUUUUUUUUUGCGUAGAGUAUUUCUGACGUAAGAUAUUUUUAAGUGCCGCAAAUCCCUAAAAGCAAGAGGUAAUUGUUGUUUGCGGUCCAGCCACUCCAAAGGACCCUGCAGUGCAUGCGUGAAGGACUCACUGAAUACUUUUCUUUCUGUUUUCUCCGCUCAUCGGCAAAGCGGGACGUUUUGAUAUGGGGCUUUUCCUUUCCGGAGAGGAAGCUGUCGUGGCGAGACAUCUGACAGCGGUUAACCUUCAUCAAGCCGUUUCCUGCAGAUGCCCCCUCGCUCUGCCUUUUUCUCCCACCCCCGCCGUCCUCUGGCCCACUAACUGAUCAAAAAAAGUCGAAAGCUCCCCAGCUGAAUCGAUAUCCCCCGAGUGUGUCCACUUAUGUUUGUGAAGCUGUUGAUAGAACGUUCCGGAUAUCCCCUCCCCCCCUUAUUGUCUCUUGGGAUUUGUGGAGAUAGCUUCCCAUAACUUGGACAUGGCGACAGCCAGGGUGAACGAGGUCAGCCUCCAGAAGCAAAUGUUUGCAAUUAACUAGAGCAACAAAGAGAGGUUCAUUCUUUAACAAAUGAGGGUUCUGGGUGGUCAGUAAAAUGCACUACAGAUCAGCUACACUUUUUUGCACUAUAUCAGUCAGUACCAACACGUGCUGUUUUUGAUUUACGUUUGUUGGCAGAAGAUUCAGAUGCACAGUCCUAAUAGUUUCUUUUCACAGAAAGUUCCAGUUGUUAUACACUAUAUGGAUAAAGGUUUGUGACACUGGUUCAUUCAUUGUUUCUUUCAGAAUAAAGAGUGUCAAAGGGUGAUUUAAGGGCACUGCUGGAAUGAUUCGAUUUAGCAACAUUCAGCAACAAAUGAGGGCAGGAUGUUGGAUGAUCAGCUCCCCACACUAUCCUCAUCUUCUCAACUCGUCCCAAAAGUUUUAGUGGAACACCAACAUUCCCCAUGGAUCCAGUAGGUUUAUUUUUUUGGCAAUAUGUCUCUACAGGGAUUAGACAAUGUGUGUCAGUAAUGGAUGCAAAUAAAUGUAGAUGAAUGCAUUUAUUGAUUAGAAGGGGUGUCCACAAACAUUUGGACAUAUAGUGUAUCAAGAAUUCUACAGUCUGUCAUCUACUUUAAAACGAAUACUUUGCUGCCUUAAAGUCCCAGGGAACACAGUGUAAAUAUAAUAAAUUGUGUUAUAAAUGUUGAAGUUAUAUUUAAAAAGGUAAAUUAGGUAUAUACAGCUCUGAAAAAAGAGACCACUUAGAAAUGAUGAGUUUCUUUGAUGUUAUCAAAUCAAAAACCUCUAAAAUGUUGUUGUAGUUUAUAGAAUAAAACAACAAUGUUCAUUUUACUCAAACAUAAACCUAUAAAUAGCAAAAUCAGAGAAACUGACUCAGAAACUGAAGUGGUCUCUUAAUUGUUUCCAGAGCUGUAUUUAGAAGGAAACGAGCUUAAAAUAAAACAAAACCGCUAGAUUAUGUUAGCUAGCUCUCUAGCCGAUGGGAUUCUAGUAGUAUGUUAUUGCUUAGCUAGCUAAGCUAACAUCAAAAAAUCUUUGCAAUUCUAGCUAGAUUAACUAAGUGUUGUAAAGGACAUUUCACAAUUUAUUUGAACCCAGAAAAGCUUCAAGUUAUUUUACCUCAAAAGGAAAUGUGCUGAAUUUACCUUUUAUGAAAGACAAAAAAUAACGUUACUUUUUAGUAGCUGGCUAACUAUAGCUAGCUUAGCUGCUUUAUGACACAGUGAAAGUUCACAGUAGCCAUACAGCAUAGUCUAGCUUAACCUAGCCUAGCUUAACACUGUAAUAAGAAGGUUUUUUGAUUAUUUUCUAGUUUUACCAGAUUGUGGACUGAUUAGUAGACAGUGUUUCUGUCUUCUUGGCAUCCAGUUGGCGUGGUGUAAAGUUAGCUAGCUAGAUAAACAGCUCGCUGUAGGUAUGGCAGGGCUAGCUAGCUCUUUACCCUGUUAGUUAGCUUUGGUCAGCUUUUACAGCUCUUUUUUCUAAGGGCUUUUUGCCUUUUUUUAGCAUUGCUUCUAUAUUCUCAUGAGCUGCUGUGUUUAGCAUUGAGAGGGUUUCUCUAGGCUGUGGGGUUCAUAUAAACGGUAAAUAUAUGUAAAAUAAUAAAAAUAAUAAAAAAGAAAAAGAUGUGUAAAUAUAAUGAGUUAAGACUGUGAUGUAAUAGUUUUGGGAUUUUGUAAUUGGUCCGUUUUACACUUACGUAUGUUUUGGUUCUACUGGAUGUUUUUUUGAAGGAGCAACUGCAGCGUUCAGACAUUCAUGGUUUGUCAUUUACCAGGAUAAAUGCAGGUUGACAUUCUAGGGCUCAUUUAAAAACACAGAUUUUUGUUUCCUGGGGCUUUAAAUUGUGAUUUGCCUUUUAUUUGAUACCAUAUCAAAACUUUUUAUUUAUCACAUUGUAUAUACAUGUGUGUCUAGACUCACAGAUACACACAACUAAUUUCUUCAUGCUUAAGGAGAUCAUAAUAAUGUAUAAUGCUGUAAAGAAAGUGUAGCUGUAAUAGAAAAAGAAUAACAGCAGGAGCCAGUUAAUAAUGGGAUGUGGAGCACUGACUGCUCUGUUGAACAGUUUUUAACUGUGCGGUUUUGACUAAGCUUUUUGACUGAGGUCUGCGUGGGAUUUUUUUCUUAAUCCCUUCAAUAUUUACAACAUACACGGCUGGCCUCGUAGGCCUCACGCACUCUUCCACACGAACACAGUUUAGUAAAAGGAACACUAACUAGGCAGACUGGGAGAGAAGGGCAGGUGGUACAUGUGCCAAUCUGAAUUGUAUUUUUUUGAAACAUAAUUUAUUGUUCAGCCAUUGUAAAUAUCAUUUUCCUACAGAGGUUUUUAUUUGUGUAUUUUCACCAUCCCAAGCUUUAGAGAAAUAAAGAAAUAAAGUCCCAUAGAGUUUCUUUGUCACAGAUGUUUCACAUCCAUAACUGUUAUUUUUUAUUGUGUCAAUAUCUUUUUUUUGUAACCCUUGUUUUUUUUAUUUUUAUUUUCUUUCUUUUUUGCUGGCCAACAGUUUUAAAAAGUCAAUUUUGUACAAAGUGAUGUACUUGACAUACUACUUUAUAUUUCUGUGAAUAAAAUCUGUGAACAAGCUCACAAAUGUAAAGUUUUUUUUUCAAUGUUAAAUAAAAUAUUGUUUAACACUCUUUAAAGGACUGUUUAAAGAUGAAUGCCACAGAACUGGGUUAAAUUAUCCUUGGUGUAAAAAAAAGUAAGCCAGAAUUGAAUUGAGAAACAAAACAUUGAAACUGACUAAUUUAAAUAU